ACAACUACUUGUCUAUUUCCAACCACAGAGACUCCAUCUUUCCUUUAUCUUAACCUACACUACCUAUGUCCAUUUCUCCACUGCAGCUACAACAACAACGAGAGGCAACAGUAAUGGAUCCUUACGCAUUUCUGAACAUUUCAAGAAACCCAGAUGGCUCACUCUCCAGAAACCCUCCUUUUCCUGACGUACCACCAGUAGACCAAUUCAUCCCCGAAUCCAAUUUACCCCAACUCGCUCUCUCUAGAGACAUCCCUCUUAAUCCGAACAACAAAACCUACAUUCGCAUCUUUUGCCCUCUCCAUCCGCCACAGGACACCAAAUUACCUGUCAUUAUCUACUUCCACGGAGGUGGUUUUAUUCUAUACAGUCCUGCCUCUGUUAUCUUCCAUGAAUCUUGCAAUAACGUGGCUUCCCACAUUCCUGCUUUGAUCCUCUCCGUCCAUUAUCGCCUCUCACCUGAACACCGCCUCCCUGCCGCUUAUGACGACGCUAUGGAUGCGAUUAUGUGGGUAAGAGAUCAAGCUCAGGAGAGCGAUAACAACGGUUCAUGCGAUCCGUGGUUGAAAGAUUAUGCAGAUUUCUCAAACUGUUUCCUGAUGGGUAGCAGUUCAGGUGGCAAUAUAGUUUACCAGGCAGGGUUACGUGCAGUAGAUAUUGAUCUUUGUCCUGUUACAAUCAGAGGGCUUAUAAUGAACGUUCCUUAUUUUAGUGGGGUGCAGAGGACUGACUCUGAGAUGAUAUUGAUCAAUGACAGGAUAUUGCCUUUAGCCGCCAAUGAUCUGAUGUGGUCACUUGCAUUACCUAAGGAUGUUGAUCGUGAUCAUGAGUACUGUAAUCCUAUGGUUACAGGGUCAAACGAUGAACAGAUUGGACGGUUGCCUAUGUGUUAUAUUAGAGGAUAUGGUGGAGAUCCACUAGUUGAUAAGCAGAAGGAGUUUGCAAAGAAGCUGCAAUCUAAUGGAGUGAAAGUCGUGUCAAGUUUUUCUGAGGACGGUUUCCAUGCCGUGGAGCUGUUUGAUCCUUUAAAGGCACAGCCUUUGUAUGAUGAUGUCAAGACUUUUAUUAAUAGCAGGUGCCCAUGUUAAUAUCAGAAAAAGCUUGCUACUCUGCAUCAACAAAACCAAACAUUAACCUGAAGGACGAGGUGGAAUAUCACAAAAAAUGGAUUCUAAGAUUAAUUAAGAGUUGAGAGAGAGAACCCAUACAUAUUAUUAACCAUCCAUCACCCUGAGCAUAUAUAUUUAUUUCCUUGCUAUCCUUUGUGUUGCUGCUCUUGACCUAUGAACAAGUUAGCUGGUGAAUUCAAACUAAUAUAAUAAGGUUCUGAUUGUUUGUA